AUGGAAGAAGCAAGUAAUAGAGAUGUUUUCAUGGAGGGUGAAGUAGCUGUGAUUGAACCAGAGGGUAAUGGUAUGGAAGAAUUUGAGAGUGUAAUAGACCCGAGUGUGAUCGCUGCGGAAAGUCAAAUUGAAUCAGAGGGUGAGACUGAUGAGGUUGGUUAUGAAGAAAUUGAGCGUACUCCUAGUGUCGUGGUGAAGAGAAGAAAUUAG